GUUAACUUGUCUUCGACUCUAUUUCACGGUGUCUGCACUUUCUUUAAUAGAAAUCUCACUCCCUAGGGAUAAACUUUUGGUACAUCUACGGUUAUUUGUCAACUUUUUGUACGUUAUGGUUGGAAUGUUUCUUUUUUAUGGCCGUUGUCGUCGCUUUCGAUGUGUUGGGAGUUAUUUUGCCGCUGUAGAGUGAUGGAGGUGUGCAGGUGAGGGCGCGCGGCGGGCGGCGCGGAUUCCCUGCGUCCGCCCAUGGCCUCUGCUUUUACCCUCAGAUGGGCGGUGCAGUGGUUGGUGACCGCGUUGGCCUGGAGUUCACUAUGCGGCGCGGGGCAGGUCCACAGCCCCGGGCUGGCCCCAUCGCUGGCCCCACCUUGUCCCACGCACUGCAUCUGUCUCUCUCAGUCGCAGGUGGUGUGCAACAGCGCCACGCUUCGCGGCGUGCCUUCGGCUCUGAGUCCGAGCGUCACGCAGCUGUCGCUGUCACGCGCGGACCUGCGCGUGCUCCGCUCCGACGCCUUCGCUCACUUGCGACAGUUGCGCCGGCUCGCGCUCGACGCCUGUAAUCUCACGCGCAUACGUCCUUUUGCAUUCCGCGGUUUGCCACGUCUGCGAGAGCUCUACAUACAACACACGCCGCUCGCGACCGUCGAUGCAUUUGCGUUUGCAGCUCUUCAAAACAUAUCUUCUAUCGUACUGACUCAUAACAGGAUCGCUCAAAUCGAGGGCUACGCGUUCGCAGGAACAAACUUCAUAAAACUAAUUUCCUUAAAGAAUAAUCCAAUUAAACGAAUUCUGGCGCACGCAUUCUCGGGAUUAAAGGACGUCGUUCAAGUAGAACUCCCUUCAGGAAUAAGGUCAAUUGAACCGAUGGCAUUUGCAGAUUUAGAGGGUAUUGGAACUUUAGAGUUAGCAUACAUGGACCUGCCAGCAGUGGUUUCGGAUACUUUUCGUGGACUAACACGAGUUGGACGGCUCGGUCUUCGCGAGUCAGAUCUCGGGGUGAUACGCGUGGGCGCUUUUGAUGGCCUGCAGCAUGUUGAUGUUUUGGAGAUGUGUAAUAACAAAAUAGAUGCAGUAGAAGAGCUGACGCUGGUGCAGAAUAACAGCGUGCAGACUUUCAGACUGACAGGUAAUCAUAUGUUACUGACACCAGAGUCGGUGAUGCUGGAAGUGGAGAACAUCGUUAUAAAAGGAAACCAUUUACCAUGUGAUUGUGGACGGGAUCCCUUGGCUAAUCCGCUGGCGUUGACUCAAGAAUUCGCAGAGGAAAAUUUCUGUAUUUCGCCUCUGAAAGUUAGAGGGCGAAGUUUAGCAAGCGCGGCGUCAGGCGGAGCGGCGUGUCGCGGGGAGGCGGGGGGUAGCGCGCGAGCACGCGCCGCCGCCGGCGCCGGCACGCUGCUGGGCGACUCCCUCGCACUCCCCAACCUGACUCUCACAGUCACCAUCAUUACUCUUCUCGCGAGUAGCUAACCGCCCUCGGUGUUCAAUUAUUGUGUAUCCAUUUGUAAAUAUUGUAAUAUAUCUAAGCGAGUAUAAUGAUGCGAAGUUUUACAUUGAAAGGGUCCGUUCAUUGAGUAUACGUUGGACCAUGAAUAAAAAAUUUG